CUGUCGACUUAUUUAUAUCUUUUUGCAUAACAUUACUUUACCUUCAAUCAAAAAUUGAAAAAUGAGACUAAAGCAGGAGUUAAUAUUCUUAGUAAUCAACUAAGUGCGAAAGUGUAAACAUCGAUAUAAAAUUUACCUCAUUAUUUUGUUAUAGCUUGCAAAAUGCUAAGAAAAAAUUCAAUCAUUUUAUAUGAUAUUCUUUUCAUAAUAAUGAUACAUAUGACAAAUGGGCAAACUGUUAAGAACCUUACAGCAAUAACUUGGAGUCAUGCAACAAAUUCACAAAAAUUAUUGAACGAAGUUCUUUCUUCUGAUAUAAAUUUUAUUGAAGCUGAUAUUGUUUUUGGCUACCUAAAAAAUGACGAAUCAAAAACACAACAACCUAUUAUGGCACAUCCACCAGAUGUCGAAUCUGACUUAACUUUGGAAAGCUUUCUUACUCAAAUAUGGGAUUUUAAUAAGAACACUACUAAAGAAAAACAAAAAGGAAUUAAGAUUGAUUUUAAGUCGACAGAUGUUUUCACAAAUUCAAUAUCUAUUCUUAAUAAAAUGUGGAAUACAGAUUAUGAAAUUUGGCUGAAUGCUGACAUUUUUAGCGGGCCAUCAAACAAUACAUCAACUAUACCUGUGGAUCCUGAUGUUUUCUUAACUGAGUCCAAUAAAUUUCCAAAUGUUACAUUAUCAACAGGUUGGACCACUCGAUGGGGUAUUAAUUAUACUGAAGGAAUCUAUACUCAUGAACAAGUGAAAGUUAUGAUUGAUGGAAUAAAAAAACAUCAAAAAAAUAAUGCAAUAACGUUUCCUGUUAGGGCUGGUAUUGCUGCACAGUCUAUAGAAACACUCAAUCAUUUAUAUCAAUCAUUAAAUGCUACAAAUUUGGUUACUUUCACGAUAUGGUCUUCUGAAAACGAUAAUGUUAAUGUAGAGAAUUUGAGAAAAAUGAUUUUUCACUUUGGUCUCGAUAAAGUUUAUGUAGAUGUUCCUGCCAAUCUUUCAAGUCAAUUAAGGUUAGAUGUUGAUCCUGGAAAUGGCAUGAAUAAAUUAAGAUCAAAUCUUCUUUUAGGUAUACUAAUGAUAGCUCUAGGAUACAUACUAAGCAGAGCUUUGUAAAAAAUAUUAUGUUGAAUAAAAAAAAAAACGGGAAAAGUUGUAAAGUAUUUUUUUCUCAACAAAAACCUUUUAUUGCUCAAAUUUAAUAAAAUUUACAAUUCAUCCUUUUAGUUCCAUUAUUUUGUUUUAUUUAUAAUUUAUAUUCAUUCGCACAUUUUUUUCUCAUAUCAGAAAAA